UUGGCGGUCCCGUGCACUUUAGGUGGAUGUAUCCCAUUGAACGUUCGAUGGGAGUUUAUAAACAAUAUGUAAGAAAUCGUGCACGUCCUGAAGGUUCAAUCGCAGAAGCUUACGUGGUGAACGAGGCUUUAACCUUUUGCUCAAUGUACCUGCGGGGGGUUGAGACUCGAUUCAAUCGACCUGAGAGGAAUGACGAUCGCGUUGAAUCCCAACCAAAUCGGGAAUAUUCUAUUUAUAAGGCUGUUGGUCGUCCAUUUGGUAAGAAAUCAAAUAUGCUCCUCAAUCCGCAGUUAAAGCAAAAGGCUGAGUGGUAUAUCUUGAACAAUUGUGCCGAAAUUAAGGAGUACCUUAGUGAGCAUAUGGAUGAAUUAAGAAGACGGGGGGGCUUGAAUCUUGAAGUUCAACAAAAAACUGAUUUUCCUCAGUGGUUCAAAGAAAGAGUAUGUAUAUUAGUCAAUUCUUUUCUGAAACCCCAAUUAGUCAAUCCAAAACUAACUUUCAAUGUUAAUGUUGAUAGGUGAACG